UGUCAAUGUCAAACAGGGGUUUGAGCGAACACGUCAUUUAAUUGUUUUUUUUUUACCUAUUAAAUUUUCAUAUUGGAAAAAAGAUUUUAAAUAUUAAAUUAAAUCUUACUUAAACUUUACUAUGAAGUACAAAGUUUUGUUAUGUUUUACUGUGUUCCUAGUUUACUAUGGUGGAGAGGCGCAAACUCGCACAAAAGGGCUGGAUGAGAAAGUACAGCAAUUAACCGAUUUAACAGCAAAGAAGAGUAUAAUUUCAUUGAAUCUUAGCAAGUUUAAAGAAUAUGUAAAGAGUCCGCCGAGAGAUUAUUCUUUCAUAGUGAUGUUCACUGCCAUGGCUCCCUCUCGACGUUGCACUAUUUGCCAACACGUCUAUGAGGAGUACUUAAUUGUAGCUAAUUCGUUUAGAUUCGCGCCAUCCUAUAACAACAAGCUGUUCUUUGGUAUGGUAGAUUUUGAUGAAGGAUCUGAUAUUUUCCAAAUGCUUCGCCUCAACACAGCACCAGUAAUCAUGCAUUUUCCUGCUAAAGGCAAGCCAAAACCAGCUGACUCUAUGGACUUUGAAAGGGCUGGAAUUCAUGCAGAGGCUAUAGCAAAGUGGAUUCAAGACAGAACAGAUGUCCAGAUUCGUGUUUUCCGCCCGCCAAAUUACUCUGGAGCUGUAGCAUUCUUUAUGCUCUUCACCCUCGUUGCUGGUUUCCUGUACCUUCGCCGUAACAACCUAGAAUUCCUCUACAACAAGCAAAUGUGGGCAGUGGCCGCAGUUUUCUUCUGUUUCGCCAUGGUCUCUGGCCAAAUGUGGAACCAAAUUAGAGGGCCACCAUUUUACCACAGGACCAAAAACGGUCCCGUCUACAUCAAUGGUGGAUCUCAUGGGCAAUUUGUGUUAGAGAGCUACAUUGUAGCUAUUUUGAACUGCGCUGUUGUCAUAGGCAUGAUCCUAAUGAUAGAAGCAGCGGGAGGCGUUAAAAACACGGAAGUGUCACGCACACAAACCGAAGGCAAGAGAAGGAGGUUCCAGUCAGUUGUGGGUUUGGUUGUAGUUUGCGUGUUCUUCUCACUGCUGUUGUCCGUAUUUAGAGCUAAAACCCAGGGCUAUCCUUACAGCUUCCUGUUCAAAUAGGUGUUUUCCAAUUUAAAUAUUUUUACGAGGUUUGUCCGGAAAGUACGUAUAAAAGUUUUUUAAAAAUUUUAUUUUACAAUUAUUCAGGUAAAUCAAUUUUAUCCCCUUCAAAGUACUCCCCCUGUGACAUAAUGCACUUGUGCCAACGCCGUUUCCAC